CCUGAACCCUGCACAGCACCAAACGCACGCAGACGCAGCGGAACUUUACCAGCGUCUAUCGCCUGACUGACCCAGAGAGGAGGAAAACUGCAGACAAACGCACCUUUAAACCCGAUGGCAUUACUCGGCCUGUUUUUGGUGUCAUUUGCCUUCCUUUGGGAGCCUUAUAAGACAGAAACAAUACUAUUGCCCCAGGACCUUCGAGAUGCCUCUUUCUGUCAUGGCGGACUGAAAGUAGUCUAUCCCGAAUUGGAAAUCGAUCAAUGCAGCGUAAUUCCAAAUGACCAGAAAUUAAGGGAGAAACUCAGCAAAGUUUGGAAAGCUCCACAGAUCUACUUCCCUAAAGCACAGAAGAAAAGGAUGUACGUCCUGGUGAUGGUUGAUCCUGAUGUUCCAAGACGAUCUGCGCACCCUGCUUACUGGAGGCACUGGUUGGUUGUGAACAUUAAGAUGAGGUAG